AUGGAGUAUUCGUCAGCGGCCAAGGUUUCACCGGGACGACUCAAGUUGUCGUUGAAGAAGUUCGUCACACCUUUUUAUGGCAUGAAAAAGGAGAAGGAACUACCUCGUGAGUUAGAUUAAUUUAAUGUUUGUUGUAUUGAUUGUGAAAUACGUAUUUGAUUUGUUGACGUUUCGUCUGGGAAUUGAGGUUUUGGGUUUUUAAGCUAUCUUAUAGUAGAUUAAUAAUAAAAUUUUAGCUAAAAAUAUAGUUUCAUUAACUUUUGAGCUUUUGUUUAUAUUUUUAUGGUUAAUAAAAUAAGAUGUUGAUGGCAUAGUGCUUUUAAAUGUAAAAGUGUGAAUUUUGGCGCUCGUAAUAACAAAAUAUAUUAACUUAUAGGUACAGACACAUAAACAAAAGUUAAAACAAUGUUCACUAAUCGUAUACAAAGAUUUUCAGUUAAAUUAUAAUCUCUAUAGUAAAAACUUGCUUUUCCUAUGCUUUUCAUGACAAAUUCUUUAAUCAUUGACUGCUUUUGAUACUAAAUAUAUUAACCACAAGUUAUUGACCUCAAUAAAUUUCAGAACAACAUCCAGUGAUUGGAAGUGAAGACUUAAUCUCAUAUUAUGAUCUCAGCAGUGCGUUUCAGCGAUUUUGUGGGCCAAGAAAGCCAAAAGAAGAUUUGUCCGCCUUCUUGACUAACGUGGCUGCUACAUCCAAUUUGAAAAAGCAACAAGAUUCUUCAUGGUAAGUGUUUUAUCUAUUCUCUCGAUUUUUAGGUUGAAGAAUUGAAAUAAAAUACGUUAUAAAGAAAAAAUCGUCUUCUGACUAGAGAUGUUCGUCUACAUCUGGCUCUUUAAUAUCCUUAUUUUCAGUUCCUUGAAGCACUUGGUGGAAAAACCUCCGAUCACUGGGAAAGAUGUGUUACCUCUAUCGUCGAGUGCUAUGAGUGGAUUUAAGUUUGCUCCAGGGCCAGUUCCCGAGCAGUAUCAGUUCUUUGACACAAUUCCAAGCGAUUCUACGUUAUUAAAUGGCGUGAAAGAGAGGUUACCGGGUCAAACCGAUGCGGAAGGAGAUGAACAUGGCAGAAAGAGGAUAAAACGGUCUUUGGAUGAUUAUGAAGGUAACUUUUGUUGGAUUUUAGGUAGAAAACUUAUAGUUUCGAUUCUUAUUGCUAUGAUAAACAUAUUAUUAAUAUAUUAUCUUGUUUUAAUGGAUUAUAAAUGCAUUACCUUGUUUUAGAACCGCCGGAAAAGAAGUCGAAGAAGCAUAGAAGUGGAGAAGAAAAGGAAAAGAAGCAAAAGAAAAAGAAGAAGGACAAAAAGAGAAAAGUAAGAUAACUAGGAUGAACAACUAUUGUUAUACUUCAAUAUUAUAGAUAGAAUUUUAAAAUUUUUGGUUCUAAAGUAGAAAAAAGUAUCUUAAAACAGCUAAGCUAAAAGUAUCUGCGGGGUAGUCCUUUAAGUUUGUCGUCCUAAGCCUUGAAAUUGGCCAUCCAAUGCCAACAAACCACUAAAAAUGCGGCUAAACAUUAAGGUUUAAACUUACGUUAAUUACAGAAGAACGACGAAGAAGCCAGUAGCAGUAAACGGGUCAAAGCACAAGACGCCUACUACUAA